AUGAAAAAUGCUACUGAGCGUUCUGGUUUAAAUAAUUCAGAGAUGUUAAAAAAUGAAGGUUAUCAUGGGGACACUUCAAAGACAUUUCUGUGUGGAAAAGUUAAUGAACCAACUAAGCGGCUCGUGAAGGUGACAGAAGAAUGCUUGGAAAGGGCUAUUGCUGUUUGCAAAGAUGGUGCUAACUUUAAAAAGAUUGGAAAGAGAAUAAGCGAGAUUGCUGAAAGGUAUGGCUAUGGUGUGGUGGAGCGAUUUGUUGGCCAUGGCGUUGGGACUGUCUUUCAUUCUGAACCAAUUAUCAUGCACAAUCGUAAUGACAAAUCUGGUUCUAUGGUUGAAGGCCAAACUUUUACUAUUGAGCCAAUUCUGACCAUGGGAAGCAUUGAUUGUGUGACAUGGGAUGAUGGCUGGACGACUCUCACAGCUGAUGGCCAACCCAGUGCUCAAUUCGAACAUACCAUUCUGAUUACAAGAACAGGAGCUGAAGUUUUAACCAAAUGCUGACUUGUUAAUAACUAUGUAUAAGCUUGUUCAAUUCAAGUCAUGAAAUAUUUUGAUCUUCUGAUUUCAUAAAACAAGAAUAUUGAUUGAUAUAAUUUGGAUGGGAUAAAUUUAAAGAGCUUAGAUCACUCAA